AUGUCGCUAAAAACAUUUCCUCGCGGGCUUUUCCGUCUUUUACUGAACCCCGGUGGCAUCGCCUCCAGGAGGCCGCUUUGUGUGCGACAUGAGGCGGUUCCGCUGGGACGGGGCUCCUCCGCUCGGGGAUACUACAACACCGGGAAAGCCAGGUAUCCCGCUGCCGGCGGGGCGGCGCACCUCCGGGUGGUGGACCUCCGCAGCGACACGGUGACGAAGCCCGGGCCGGCGAUGCGACAGGCCAUGGCGGAGGCCGAGGUCGGGGACGACGUGAUGGGGGAGGACCCGACAGUGAACGACUUACAGAAGACUGCAGCUGAAAUGUUCGGGAUGGAGGCCGCCCUGUUCGUCCCCUCUGGAACCAUGAGUAAUCUCAUCGCAGUGAUGGUGCACUGCAGGGAGCGGGGCGACGAGAUGAUCGUGGGCGAUCUGUCCCAUAUGCACAUCUACGAACAAGGAGGUAGUGCACAGCUGGCCGGUGUCCACGCCACCACGGUGACCACACGCCCCGACGGGACGUUUGAUUUGAAGCAGCUGGAGUCGAAGGUUCGCCACGGAUACCCAGACCCUCACUAUCCCCGUUCACGCCUCGUCUGUGUGGAGAACACGCACAACAUCCAGGGAGGACGCGUGCUGCCUCUGCACUUCCUGCAGGACGUCCGCUCUUUAGCUGAUCAGCAUGGUCUGUCAGUUCACAUGGAUGGAGCUCGGGUGAUGAACGCCGCUGUGGCCCUGGGGGUGCCCGCAUCCUCCAUCCUGCAGCACGCACACACAGUCAGCGUCUGCCUCUCCAAGGGUUUGGGUGCCCCGGUAGGUACCAUGCUUGCUGGACCCCAGGACUUUAUAUCCAGAGCGGUGCGGUGCCGUAAAGCCCUAGGUGGGGGGAUGCGUCAGUUGGGGAUUAUUGCAGCAGCUGGAAAGUUGGCUUUGCAAGAAAUGGCAGGAAGACUAGAGGAAGAUCACCGCAACGCCAAAACUUUCGCUCAAGCUCUACUCGACCUCCACCCUGCUCUGUUCGCUCUGGACAUGGCUGCUGUGGAAACCAACAUCCUGCGUUUCCGAAUUGAGGAUUCCACUUUGAGCCCCCAGGAGUUUUGUGCCUGCAUGGCUCAGGUUGGGGACGGGGAAGAAGCGUCUCUGGGGCAGGGCACACAGGUUCUCAUGUACCCUCAUUUUGACAACUCCGUUCGGGCCGUGUGGCAUCUUGGGAUAUCGCCUGAAGACACCCAGCUGGCCAUCCAGAAAAUGCAGUUUGUGGCCUCUCAGCACUUCAAACAAAAAGCUGAGACCCGGUAAAAACAUUGAAAUCCAAUUAAUGUAGUGAAAACUGUGACAUUCAAGGAGUGACUUUGUAAAGACUGACAGAUGCCAAUUCACACGGGACAAAUACAACCAGUGACGCUUCAGAUCCUUAUUCACAAAUUACAAUAAAACUCCUGUUUACUUUCA